AGCUCGCUAAAGAAAGACAGUCGGUUGAGCUCUUGCGAGCAUUUGCGCACCCGGAGAAGAAGAAUGACCGACAUUGACGAGCUCUUCGGCGCCUUCGACGAGGCGCCGGCGACGCAGACCCCCGACGAGCGCGGCGCGGCGCGCAAGCGGUCGCGGAGCGAGGAUGACGGCGCUGAGAGGGCGCCGCCGCAGCCGCGGCCCGCGGUGCGCGUGACCGAUCCCGUCAAGGAGGACGAGAGGGGCCGCAACGUGACGAGCUUCGCGGCGUACCCGGCGGACUACGCGGCCCCGGCGCCGCGGCCGCCGCGGCCGGCGGCGCGGACGUGGCCGUUCGAGCUCGACGGCUUCCAGCGGCGGGCCGUCGCGUGCAUCGACAAGACCGAGUCGGUGCUCGUGUCGGCGCACACGUCGGCGGGCAAGACGGUCUGCGCCGAGUACGCGAUCGCGACGGCGCUCCGGGACGGGCAGCGCGUUGUCUACACCUCGCCGAUUAAGGCGCUGUCCAACCAAAAGUUCCGCGACCUCCAGGAGAUCUUCUCGGACGUGGGCCUGAUGACGGGCGACAUCACGAUCAACCCCCAGGCGUCGUGCCUCGUGAUGACGACGGAGAUCCUCCGGUCCAUGCUCUAUCGCGGGUCCGAGCUCGUGCGCGAGGUCAAGUGGGUCGCCGCGCGGCGUCCGUCCGUCCGUCUGUCGACCCAACUCGCGGGUCCGUCGUCGCAGGUCGUCUACGACGAGAUCCACUACAUGCGCGACCGCGAGCGCGGCGUCGUCUGGGAGGAGUCGAUCAUCCUGCUGCCGCACACGGUCCGCUUUGUGUUCCUGAGCGCGACGAUCCCGAACGCGCGCGAGUUCGCGGCGUGGAUCUGCCAGACGCACCGGCAGGCGUGCCACGUCGUCUACACCGACUACCGGCCCACGCCGCUCGUGCACUACGUGUUUGCGAGCGGCGGCGAGGGCCUGCACCUCGUCGUCGACGAGGCCGGCGCGUUCCGCGAGGCCAACUUCGAAACGGCGAUGGCCUGCCUGGGCGGCGGCGCGACCGCGCCCGACGCUGACGACGCCGGAAAGCGUCGCCGGAGGCCCAGCGGCCGCCAGGCCGAGACGGACCUGAAGCGGAUCGUCGGCGUCGUCCGCCAGCAGCAGUGGCAGCCCGCCAUCGUCUUCGCCUUCUCCAAGGCGCAGUGCGAGCGCAACGCCGUCGCGCUCAAGGACGAGCCGUCGUUCAACGCGCCGGACGAGGCGGACGUCGUCGAAAAGGUCUACGCGUCGGCGCUCGAGGCGCUGAGCGACGACGACAAGGCGCUGCCGCAGGUGACGACGCUGCUCCCGCUCCUGAAACGGGGCAUCGGCAUCCACCACGGCGGGCUGCUCCCCAUCGUCAAGGAAGUCGUCGAAAUCCUCUUCCAGGAGGGCCUCCUCAAGCUCCUGUUCGCCACGGAGACGUUCGCCAUCGGCAUCAACAUGCCCGCGCGAACCGUUGUGUUCACGGAGACGCGCAAAUUCGACGGCGCUCCCCCGCGCGCAUCGCAACGCUCGGGAGCUUUUCGCCUCGCCCGUCCUCGACGGCGACGGAUUUCGGUCGCGUCGAAGGGACGUCUGCUUUGACUCGGACCGCUGACCGACGCGUCGCGCAGGCGCCGACUUUCGGUGGCUCACGGCGGGCGAGUACAUCCAGAUGAGCGGCCGCGCGGGCCGGCGCGGAAAGGACGACAAGGGCAUCGUGCUGCAGGUCCUCGACGAGAAGAUGGAGCCGGCGGUGGCCAAGGGCAUCUUGUACGGCGAGGCGGACCGCCUCGACUCGUCGUACCACGUGACGUACAACAUGCUCUUGAAUUUGCUGCGCGUCGAGGGCGCGGACCCGGACUAUCUCGUCCGUUCCUCCUUCCACCAGUACCAGCAGGAGGCCGACGCGCCGGCCUUGGUGGCGGAGGCGACGGCGCUGGAGGCUCAAGCGGAGGCGCUGGGCGAGGGCGGCGACGUGGCCGACGCGGCGGCGACGAAGGCGCACGUCGCCGCGAGACGCCGGCUCGCGGCGGCGGAGGCCGACGUCCUCGCGCUCUCGCGGAAGCCGGCGCACUGCCUCCCGUGGCUCCAGCCGGGCCGGCUCGCGACGGUCGUCGCGCCCGCCGACUGGGCGCCGACCGGCGCCGCGGCGACGGCGCUGGGCCUCGGCGUCGUCGUCGCCGCGCGGAAGCCGAGAGAGGGUGAAGCGUUCGCGUCGGUCGACGCCGGCGUCGCCUGUCGCGCUCUGGCGCCGGGAGACGCGGACCCGCGGCCCGCGCACGUCGUCGACGUCCUGGUCGCCGACGACGACGGCGGCGCGAAGCUGGCCUGCGUGCCCCUCGUCGCGCUCGCGGCGCUCUCGGCGGUGCGUGUCUUCAUGCCGCCGGAUCUGCGGCGACCCGAGGCUCGCGCGCGCGUCCGCCGCGCGGUCGACGAGGUCGCGCGCCGCUUCGCCGAGCGCCGCGAGGCGGUCCCCGAGCUCGACGACGCGCGCGACCUGGGUCUCGACGGCAAGGAGGCGGCGUACGGCGAGGCGGCGCGGCGCGUCGCGGCGCUCCGCGCGGAGCUCGCCGCGACGCCCGCCGGCGCGACGGUGGACGCGGACGCGUCCGCGGCCGUGCGCGAAGCCAUGAUUACGGUGCCUUCCACGCGGGAGAAUCUUCGACUGGUUCUGCGCGUCCAUCAAAAACGACCGCGUCGCCGCUGUUCUGGAUGACUCACACGCAGGUUCGAGGCGCGCGAGGCGCUGGCGGAGCGCGCGCGCGCGCUGCGCCGGCGCGCGCGCGACGCGCAGGCGCUCGUGCUCCGCGACGAGCUCCGGAAGAUGCGGAAGGUGCUUCGCGCGCUGGGGCACGUCACGCGCGAGGGCGUCAUCGCGCUCAAAGGCCGCGCCGCCUGCGAGCUCAACACGGCCGACGAGUUGGUCGUGGGCGAGCUGCUGAUGGAGGGCGUCUUCCAGGACCUCGACGCGGCCGUCGCCGUCGCGCUCCUCAGCUGCCUGUGUCACACGGAGAAGGCCAAGGAGGGCGCGCCGCCGUUGCGCGGCGCACUCCAGGCCGCCUACGAGCAGCUCCGCGCCGCGGCGACGACGGUCGCGCGCGCCUGCGUCGCCGCCGGGCUCCCCGUCGACGAGGUCGAAUACGUCGACCGCUUCAAUCCCGACCUGAUGGAGGUGCUUUUCCAGUGGACGAACGGCGCGAAGUUCGUCGACCUCACGAAACUCACCGACGCCUUCGAAGGCACCAUCAUCCGCGUGAUCCGGCGCCUCGACGAGCUCCUGCGCCAGCUCGCGUCCGCGGCCUUCGCGGUGGGCAACUUUGAGCUCAAGGCCAAGUUCGACGACGCGUCCGCGAAGAUCAAGCGCGACAUCGUCUUCGCGGCGAGCUUGUAUCUGUGAUAUCUCGGUGGGCUGCUGUCGUCGUCGCGAGUGACGACCACAGCCCGCUGCCCAGGGUGUGGGUGUGUGUCGUUCGGAGCAGUGCUACUACCCGGCCCGGGCGGGUGGAUCACCCAGAGAACUCCGGAGGUGGAGCGGCCCAGGCCCACGCGAGUGGCCUAUGGCCCCCUUCCCUACCCCUCUAUAAGCUCCUGAGGCUAAUAUCCGGUACUGACGGGUAUUUACCCGGGUCAAUGACCCUGGGCCGCGCCAGGGGUUAAUACCCGUAGGGUAAGUGGGACCUAGGCUAGAGGGGUGUUUUCGCUACGUGGCGACCAAUCCGCUCGCCUUGACGCUCGCCUAAGUAGCCGAGCUCUAGUAAGCA